AACAGUUUUGAAUAAAUGGAGGCAUCGAAUAAACAGGACGUUGUGUUUAUUGAGCUGAGAGAGCGGUUAAGAAGCGGAUUGGUAAUUAUACGGACUGAUGUUGCUAAAGACAUAUCUCUGGUAAAUGUGUCUAGUGGAGACACCGCUAUACAAAUCCACAUACCUGAUGGGGUGUUUGACGUGAAACUCCCCCCAGAGGUCAGACUAGUGGAGGGUUCAUGUCAGAAGAGUCCGGAGCUGAGCGCGGAUGGGCUGCAUAUUAGAGUGCGUUUGAAGCUUGGCCAAUGUUCAGAGGCUCCGGGCAGUGCAAUUCAGCAUCUGAGGGCACAGAGGAGCUAUUGUAUCUUGUGUCAGUCCUGUGGGGACAUGCUGCUCAAAGACAGGGUUUUCAGGCGAGUACUCCCCUUACCCAAUGGGAACUGGAAUACGCUGAUAGAUGACUGGUGUUGCCAUCCUGAUCCUUUUGCCAACAAAAAGCUUCACCCUAAACAAGAGGACUGUUUACUCGGUGACACAUACUUCCUCUUGACCCAGGACGGCAGCAGUGAGGAAAGGCUUACGUAUGGAGUGGAGGCGCCUGAUGUAAACGCCGACUCUAAUGUGCAUUCCAGAAAGCAGGCACUUGGCCACAGGAAUGUGGUUUUCUGUAAGAAUUGCUGCGCAGUGCUGGGAGAGGCAGUCACGACAGAGGUUUUAAAAUUCUAUAUAACUGAAGUCAUUGUGAGGCAAAGUGAAGAUGGAGAGGACACCAUGCCACAAAAUAGGCAACAGUUCCUAGAAAGAGCCCUUGUUUCCAAACUUGUUGAGCUGUCAUCUGCUCAAAGCAUAUUUCGCUUUUCCAUCCAGACACCAGAUGGUAGAGCUGUGAUCAUGCUAUGGCUCUUGAACAUGGACACACUGAUCGCUUCAUUCCCCGAGAAAGCCAUCAGCAGUGACAUCCUCAUCUCCGCCAGUGACCGUCAUCCCAAUAAGCAUCAGUCAUGCCAGGCAGUUGGGGCAAUCAAAGUCCUUUACCUCCCCUGCACUCAUGGUCAACAGGAUGAAGCUGUUGAUGCAUGGGAGAAGGACAUCAGUGUUCAUCCUCUGAUCCUCCCUCGAAGCACAUGUGAGGAGGUUCUGCAGCUCCUGAGCUCCUCUACAAAAACACUGCCCUCCUCAUUGUGCUCAAUGAAAAACUAUCAGGUAGCAUAUUUAAGAAGAUGAAUGUGUGAAAUGGGGCAGACUGUGCAGAAUCCAUGUAAUAUGCCUCAUGGAACCAUUGACUUGAACUAUCAUUAAUAAACUUUUAAUAUUAAAAAAAA